AGCGUUUUGUAUUUUAUACCAUUGGACGGUCUUUUUGAGCCCGCGAUAUAUAUCUACCGCUGUACUUUUUUCGUGGGCGCGUCUGAAUGGAAAAAAUAGGAAAAAUAUUGUAUUGUCAGUAUUUCCUUUCCAGGAUUUUAUCUCUAACAUUCUUGCACACAUAUCAUGAUAAGUAUCGCUUCUCCCGGGGGAUAUGACAAGCUUGAAUACAGACCCUUACCAAAUGAGGGUUUCACAGAAGGCGCCAAUGUCAAACUGCGGAAUAUCCCCGAACAAGAUCUCGUUGUAGUGAAAACUUUCGCAUGUGGGGUCAAUUACGCCGAUAUCUGCAUCCGCUGGGGGCUUUAUGAAUCAGCUAAGAAGUUUGUAGGCUGGCCUAUCACUCCAGGAUUUGAAUUCAGUGGCGUUAUUCAAUGGAAAGGGGAGAAUGUCACAGAGUUUAAAAUCGGGCAAGAGGUCUUUGGGGCGUCCUUAUUCGGGAGUUACUCAGAAUGUAUUCGGGUUCCGAAGAACCAGUUAUUUGCAUUGCCAAAGAAAAUGAGCAAAAAUGAAGCGGCAGGGUUGCCAACUGUUGCUUUGACAGCAUGGUAUGCUUUUUUUGAGCUGGCACAUACUCGCCCUGGAGCCUGGGUUCUAGUGCACUCUGCCGCAGGCGGUGUGGGAAGUAUGCUGGUGCAGAUGGCUAAGAUAGCUGGGUGUCAUGCGGUAGGAGUUGUGGGGGCGGGGCACAAAAUAGACUUUGUUAGAAGCCUUGGUUGUGACCAUGUUAUUGACAAAUCUGCACAGGAUUUGUGGCAAGAAGCAAAAGUUAUCUGUCCAGAUGGCUUUAGUGCAGUCUUUGAUGCUAAUGGAGUUGCCACCUUGAAGCAAAGUUAUGCUCAUCUUGCACCUGGAGGAAAGCUUGUAAUUUAUGGUUUUCAUACCAUGCUCCCAAGAUCAAGUGAUGGUAGUUCUGGCAGUCUUAAUGUGUUCAGCUGGCUGAAGAUGGCUUGGAAUUAUAUCUGGACUCCAGGAUUCAACCCACUCGAGAUGACAACUGCUAAUAAGAGCAUCAUGGCUUUCAACUUGAGUUUCAUGUUUGACCAGAUUGAGCUUCUUGCUGGAGCCAUGAAGCAAAUCAUAGGCUGGGUUGAAGAGGGGCAACUCAAGGUUGCAAGGGUCAGCAGUUAUCCUCUCAAACAAGUUGCUAUGGCCCAUAGAGACUUGGAGUCUGCCCAGACUGUCGGCAAACUUGUUCUAACUAUGAAUGAUCAUUGAGGUGGUAGAAGACCAUGUCCGGUAGCAGAUCUAAGGGGGGGGGGGGGGAUAAAAACCUUCUUUUUGGGCUACUAAAGGAAAUUGUUAUGUGAAAAGAUGACAUAAAGAGCACUCCUCCAAGAGGCAAAUGUAGCAAAAAAAUAAUUGACCUCCCCCCCCCACUCUUUCUCACUAAGCCAUACCAUACCCUGCUUCAGUCAAAAGCUAGAUUCACCCCUGAUGUCAUUUGGUUUUUAUGGGCCUGUUUUCUUAAUCAUGCUGUUACAGGAGAGAUGGAAAGAUAAUCUGAAGGAUCCCAUAAAAAAUACUAACAAAGAAGAUGUAGACUAAUGAGUUCUAGUAAUCUCUUAGUCAAUUCUAAUCUAAAACCAAGGAACUGGAACCCAUUUAGAAGACGUGCCCAAUUCAAAAUGGUACGUUGAACAUUUAAUUUUAAAAGGUGAAAGAGAGGUCUAGGAAUUUAGGGGUUAUCCUAACAAAAUGUUUUUAUUUUUUAUAAAAUAUAUGUUGUUGUUAGAGAAAUAAAACAAUAUCCACAAAUGAACUGAUAUUAGAAGUGAAAUAGAGGUCUAGUAAUUUAGGGGUUAUCCUAACAAAUUGUUUUUAUUUGUUUUAAAAUUAUAUGUUGUUAGAGAAAUAAAACAAUAUUCACCAAGGAACUGAUAUUAGGAGUCUCAAAAGUGUGUAGACAUGAAAUAGACAUCGUAUUAAUAUGAACAAUAGUGAAGACUCCAUUACAUUAAAAGCUCAUGGCAUGGUGUACAUAUUAAUGUAAAACGAAUGAUAAGAAACAGUUUAUGCAGAUUUUUGUCUAAUAAACUGGCAGUAAAAGCA